AUGCCGCGCUGCUACAUGGUGAAGAAAGGCAUCCAGCGUCACGAUGGCCCGCCCCCCUGCAGCCCCACCGAAGCCAGUGUGGCUCCGCCUUGUUACAGCCCGACAGAGGACUCUGCGGUCAUAGACCCUCCUCCUCGUCCGGCUGAAUAUGCGGAGCUCGCUAGCACACCGGUGUCGGAACGGUCGGCGGCGGACACGGAAGCGGCGCACGAGCUGCUCUCGCUCGCGCAGGGCGUGCCGCCGCUGCCGCCCGCCGCCGUCGUCACCGUACUGCAACCGCCAGAGCCGCCCAUUGUCCCCGUCUACACCUACACCUUACAGCCUACUAACAUAUACAUCAUCACCGAGGAACCGCCCGAGCCCAUCUAUGCUAUGCCCACGGUCGCCCCACUCCCACAAUUCGAAUACAUGGUUGAACCGCAAGUAAGUUAUCUCGCUUAUCAACCUAUCCCGGAGCCACAAUUUCAAUUCGUGGAAACGAUGCCUAUACCGAUGCAGAUGACGAUACCGGUCACGGUGCCCAUCAUCGAGCAGCUCCCCCAAGCGCCACCUCCGCCUCCACCGCCCAAACCGCCCAGGCCACCGCGGCAACCCAAACCUGCAAUAAUAAGAUCGCCUUUCCGGCCCAGGGAGAAACCGGACAAGUAUGACUGUAACGAGUGUGGCAAAUGCUACGCCACCUCAUCCAAUCUCUCUCGUCACAAGCAAACACAUCGCAGCCUGGAUUCGAGCGAUGCUAAGCGCUGCGAAGACUGCGGGAAGGCGUACGUUUCCAUGCCGGCGUUGGCGAUGCACGUGUUGACGCAUCGCAUGGGGCAUGUGUGCGGGGUAUGUGGCAAACAGUUUUCGCGACCGUGGCUGCUACGUGGGCACCUACGCUCGCAUACGGGCGAGAGACCCUAUGACUGCCCCGUCCCGGGCUGCGGCAAGGCCUUCGCGGAUCGCUCCAACCUACGAGCCCACCUCCAGACGCAUUCGGCGGACAGAAAUUUUGAGUGCACGCGCUGUCACAAGACUUUUGCUCUGAAGAGCUACCUCACCAAGCACCAAGAGACGGCGUGCCUACGCUGCGAGAACGAG